AUGAGGAACUCCACGACCGCGCUGACGAAGAGCGGCGGCGCAGCCGGAGCAGCCGGAACCAGCGGUAGCGCGGGAGCCACGGGCUCCUCGUCGGCCACUGCGACGGGCAGCAGCGCAGGGGCUGCUUCAGCCUCGGGUUCAGACUCCACAGACGGCAAGGACUCCUCCGGCCGGCCACUAGUUCCUGUCAACAAGAAUUUAGGCAACGUCAAAGCGGAACAUGGCGCUCACCCAUCGUUCCCGCAAUUAACAAAAUCCUUAAUGAUGAACGAAAUAACGGAAGAAGGAUCAAGCCUGAAGACUCCUGCAGUGACCGAAUAG